AAACAAACUGCAUUCGAAUUAAGCAACUGCUAUAUAAAUAAAAAUUGUGAUUUCUCACUUUUAGUUGCUGUUCUCAAUUUUACCAUUCAGUAGUUAAACAAAUGAAAUUUUACGUUCUUGCAAUUUUUGUCCUAACCAUUGGACUUUCGUCAGCUGCCCACAUCCAUGAUGAUGGUCAACCAGGAUGUAAGACACCUACUGAACUAGAAAUUAAGUAUUUCCGAAACACUUGGGAUCCCACUAAAUAUUGGGUAUGUCAAGAACUUGGAGUAGAAGCUGUUUCGGAAAAGUGUCCACACGUUAAGGCAUGGCUCGAUAGCCAGAAAAAAUGUGUUCCAUGGGAAGACUGGGUUUGGGAAGAACCGGAACAUCCUCCAAGCAAACCCUAAAAUGAUAAUAAAAUUAAUUUUUCCAUUAAAUUAA